CUUAGGCAGUGGGUUCUGGGUAGUUGAGCUACGCGUCAAAUCUCGCUAAGAUCGUAACCUAUCUGUCCUCUUCUGCUUCCUCUUCUUCACUCUCUUUCCCUUGCUUUGGCAUAGUUUUUAACGAAACAGAAAGAAACCCAACAUUUUACCAAGAAAACCACUAACUGGAAAUGUUUUCGAUUAGAUCAAUCUUUAGACCACAACAACUAAGACCCUCCUCUCUUUUCUCAUUGCAUUCUUCAUAUUCAUCUUCAACUUCAGCUUCAGCUGCUUCAAUUCAGGCUGAUAGAACUAUCAGAGAGGGUCCAAGAAAUGAUUGGACCCGUCGAGAAAUCAAGGAUGUUUACGACUCACCUCUUCUUGAUCUCCUUUUCCAUGGAGCUCUCGUUCAUAGACAUGCUCAAAACUUCAGAGAAGUGCAGCAAUGUACUCUCCUUUCUAUCAAGACUGGUGGGUGUAGUGAGGAUUGUUCGUAUUGUCCUCAGUCUUCACGAUAUAGCACUGGAGUUAAAGCACAAAAACUUAUGACCAAAGAGGAUGUUAUGGAGGCAGCUAAAAAGGCAAAAGAAGCUGGUAGCACACGUUUUUGUAUGGGUGCUGCAUGGAGGGACACAGUUGGAAGGAAGACCAACUUUAACCAGAUCCUAGAUUAUGUAAAAGAAAUAAGGGAUAUGGGCAUAGAAGUAUGCUGUACUCUAGGAAUGUUAGAGAAACAACAGGCUCAAGAACUCAAAAAAGCGGGCCUUACUGCUUAUAAUCAUAAUCUUGACACCUCGAGAGAAUAUUACCCACAUAUAAUCACAACAAGGACUUACGAUGAACGCUUGAAAACCCUUGAAUAUGUCAGAGAAGCAGGAAUCAAUGUCUGCUCAGGAGGCAUAAUAGGGCUUGGAGAAGCAGAGGAAGACCGCGUUGGUCUGUUGCAUACCUUGGCAACACUCCCUACUCACCCAGAGAGUGUUCCAAUCAAUGCACUCUUGGCAGUAAAAGGCACACCUCUACAAGAUCAGAAGCCUGUUGAAAUAUGGGAGAUGAUUCGAAUGAUCGCUACUGCUCGAAUAGUCAUGCCAAAAGCAAUGGUCAGGUUGUCAGCUGGUAGAGUCCGUUUCUCGAUGCCCGAACAGGCUCUCUGUUUCCUUGCUGGUGCAAAUUCUAUCUUUACUGGUGAGAAGCUGUUGACAACUCCUAACAAUGAUUUUGAUGCUGAUCAACUCAUGUUUAAGGUGCUUGGUUUGAUUCCAAAAGCUCCUAGUUUUCCUGAAGAUGAAGAAAGAUCUUUUGAAUCGGAAAAUUGUCAGGAAGCUGUUUCUAGUUCAGGUUGAAAUUACUACUUGUAGGGGUAUCCAUGUAAUCAUCAUUUGGGCCAUUUUCCCCCUGUAUUCUAAAUUGCAAUGUUGAAGUAUUUCCUUUUUUUUUUUU